AUGUCUCAAGGCUCCUUCCAAACUGAAUGCUGCAAUGAGUCAAUGACAGCUCUACACGUGCGGAUCCGUAGUGGGAAUGCUGCAGCACCAAUGGGACCCGGGCAGGCUGGACUGACUGCGCAGAUGAAGCUGUUAAAGCAGAUGGAGUCCUAUCCCUACCACAAUUAUCGGGACGGUAGUGAGAUUGCCCACACAGGUAAAAAGGAGACUGUCGUGGCACGGGAAAUUGAGUAUUCAACAUGCGCUCAGACCCCGCCGAGGGGACCGGCGCCGGGCCGGCCUCACCACGGCCCCGGCGGCCCCCACCUGCCCUCGGCCGGCGAGAUCCAGGCUAUCAAGGGCUUCCUGGCCAAGUGCUGGAGCCUGGAUAUCAGCACCAAAGAGUACGCUUACCUCAAGGGGACGGUGCUCUUCAACCCGGAUCUACCUGGACUGCAGUGUACACAGUACAUUGAAGGACUGCAGAGGGAAGCACAACAAGCUCUAAAUGAACAUGUCAGACUCAUUCACAGAGGUGAUGAAGCCAGAUUUGCCAAGCUGAAUGUUGUUCUAUCCUUGUUAAGAUCUAUUAAUGCUAAUGUGAUUGCCGAACUAUUCUUUAGGCCCAUCAUUGGAGCAGUGAACAUGGAUGACAUGCUUUUGGAAAUGCUUUGUGCAAAAUUAUAAAGGCAUGUAAAAUAAUGAAAAUAAAUCCAAUGCAAAGGAAGCCCUAGAGCAGAAUAGUGUAAAGUACUGUAAAUAAACUAACUUAUUGUUUUUACAUAGAUAGUAUUUUUGUAUUCCAUAAUAAAAUAUUGUUUGAGUUCUGAAAUUAAUUUUUAUUUAACACAGUGUUUUUGGAAUAAGAUAACAGUCAUCAAAGCAAGCUUUACGGUUGUGGAGAAUGCUCACAUCCAAAGUCAACUGGCUGUUCUUUUACCGUGUCUCUGAAUAAAGAUCACGCUUAC